AUGGAGAUGGUCCUCAUCUUCACCUUCUGCCUGAUUCUAGCUGGUACUGAUGCUGUAACUACAGUAACUGGAUACAGAGGACGAUCUGUUCAGAUUAAAUGUAACUACACAACUGGAUAUGAAAAGAACAACAAGUUUCUCUGCAGAGGUAAAUGUCCCUAUGUUGGGUAUAGAGACGUUCCUGUUCAGUCUGGAUCUCCUGCUAAAGACUCCAGAUUCUCUCUGUAUGACGACACAACAGCCAAAGUCUUCACCGUCACCAUCACUGAUCUGAGACCAGAGGAUGAAGGAACUUACUGGUGUGGGAUAGAUCAGAUAGGGCGUGAUAUUUACACAGAGAUUCUACUGCUGGUUAAACCAGAAAAUCUCACCAGCAGUACUGUCUCACACACCACACACACCACAUUCACUACACACAUCACACACACCAAUUCAACACACUCCAUGAGUCCAUCAGUACAUGCUGAGAACACACACUCAACAACAGAUAAUCCACUAAAUGAUGCUAACCACCCAAACUCCACCUCCUCCUCUCAGGGAUUUCCAACAUCCACUCUCAUCAUUACUGUGUCUGUUGUUCUGGUGCUGAUUCUCUUUGCUCUUAUAUUGACUGUCACACUACAGAGAAAGAAGAAGACUCGAGGCUCUGAAACAAUGACCGAAUCUCCUAAAGAGACAAAUGAAGAUUAUGAAAAUGACCAAAAUGUCCGUCCUGUUAAAGAAAGAGAAAAUGUCACUUCAUCAGUAUCUGUCUACCAGAGUCUGAACCCAACUACCAACCAAUCAGAUUCAGUCUACCAGACUUUGACUGUUUCUAGCAACGACUGAUGAGACUCAGGACGCCUCUGCUGACCAUCCAAAAGAAUCAGGAUUCAAAAGUGAAAGUAGCAGUGUUUACUGUGUCCGCAAAAUACAUGUUGCCUGGCCUGAGGAGUACUAAUUUUAUUUGUUUACCUUUUUUUUUUAUUUGCAUUACUUCAUAGAAUAAUAAUAAUAAUAAUAAUAAUAAAAGAUCUUCAACCUGCAGUCUAAAUUUUACAACAUGUUGCCAAGUGGCGGCACGGUGGUGUAGUCGUUAGCACUGUUGCCUUGCACCUCCAGGGUCCGGUUUCGAUUCCCGGCCAGGCUCGAUUUCCGUCUUUGUGUGCAUGAA